AAACGCACUUUCAAACAUCUAAACACCCCAAAUUCUCAAAUAAACACUACCCACUGAGCUUCCAUGCCACCAAUCCAGACUCCAAGACCAAAGGGGUCACAAUACUCUUUGCGGCGGACAUACCGUUCCGCAAAGAGGAGGAACUUGCGGACCCAGGAGGCAGAUUUCUCUUCCUGAAAGGAACUAUACAUAACACGCGAUUCACGUUCGCUAACUUAUACCUCCCGAACAAGGGACAAAAAACCUUCCUAGGGCGAACCCUCGCAUUGCUAGACUCCUUUAGUGAUGGCAAACUAAUCCUCGGAGGAGACUUCAGCGCGCCUCUGGACCCUAAACUGGACACCUCAACAGGCCACUCGACCCUCCCGAGCCAU